AUGGUUCUUACCCAGCCUCUAGAUGAGGACUCCGUCAGCUAUGUACUGCCGGCACACAUUCACCCAUGGCUGCAAGCCGUCGUCACCCUAGCAUUCAUCAGCUUCUUCGCAUCCGUGUCGCUACUCUUCCUAUUAACCUACAAGCUUAUAUCAUGGCAAAUCAAAUCAAAGAAGAGCAACCAGUUCGUCAUUCUCAUCUUCAACCUUUUGUGGGCCGACAUACACCAAGCAUUGGCUUUCCUACUCAACGUCGAAUGGUUACGCCUGGGCUCGGUCGUGGUGGAAAAUCCGAUAUGUUUCGCACAGGGCUGGUUGGUCUCGACGGGUGAUCUGGGGAGUGGAGUGUGGUGUUUUGCAAUUGGUCUUCACACCUUCGCCUCUGUUAUUCUGGAAUUUCGAUUGAGCCCAAGAUACUUCUACGCCUCCGUCAUCGCGCUCUGGGUCUUCAUUUUGGGCGUCUCAUCCAUUGGAGUGGGAAUGUAUGGCACAGAUCUUUACGUCCGAUCUGGUGUCUGGUGCUGGAUUCACCACGACCUCAAGGACCUACGUCUCUGGACACACUACGUCUGGAUCUUCAUAUUCGAAUUCGGUAAUGCGAUAAUCUACGCCAUCAUCUACGCUAUUCUUCUCCAUCGCAUCCGAACCGGCUACUAUACCCCCGUCGAAGCCCGCCGCGUAAAAUCCAUUUCCAACCUCAUGGUCGUAUACCCCCUCGUCUACGUAAUAUGCACCAUUCCCCUCGCCUCGGCCCGCAUGGCAGCCAUGACCGGUCACCCCCCUUCUCUCGCCCGCCUCUGCCUCGCCGGCGCAAUGAUCACGUCAAACGGUUGGCUAGAUGUCCUUCUCUACACCGUCACCCGCCGCAUCAUGAUCUUCAGCGACGAAGCACCCCCCGACGACAACGGUUUCGACACCUUCACCACCUUCUGGGCCGACGGGCCCCGCCGCUUUGGAGGAGAGUGCACAGUCGAGGCCGGCAAGCCAAAGGGCAGGAGCAAGGUCACGCUGCCGUCGAGCAAUGAGAGCUCAGACGAUUUAUGUGGGAUCGGCAUGGGCAGCAAGGACAUCAAGCUCGUCACGACGACGAAAGUCAUCAGCGAGCCGGCGCUGCCGGAGGACUACGAGGAAAUGGUCUCCGGGAAUAUGAACCCCAGGCCCAGAUCGCCGCUCGGGCGGUGGAGCGACGAGAGCGAUCGAAGCAAAGAGUUCGUGCUGGCGCAAAUGCCGAUAUGA